ACCAACACCGUCGUCGUCGUCUGUCACCGGCCACAACGACACUGAUAAACUGAUGACACUGUGAUCGGUAUCGACACACACGUCCAAGGAAACACAGUAUUAUAUUACUCUAGCGGCAGAGAGAUGGGAUCCCUGCAGCCCAACAAUGCUGUCGCCGUGGCAGUGGCCGCCGCCGUAGUCCUGGCUGCGCUCGCCACCGGCGGGUCGUGCUGGACCGACGACCGCCUCAAGGCGGUGCCGCCGGGCCCCAACAUCACGGCCGACUACGACGGCAAGUGGCUCGCCGCAAAGGCGACCUGGUACGGCAGUCCCGUCGGCGCCGGCCCCGACGACGACAACAACGGCGGCACGUGCGGGUUCACGGGCGUGAACCUGCCGCCCUACAGCGGCAUGGCUGCCUGCGGCAACUCCCCCAUCUACAAGGACGGCAAGGGCUGCGGCUCCUGCUACGAGAUCAGGUGCACGUCGCCGCAGGAGUGCUCCGACGAGCCGGUGGUGGUCUUCAUCACCGACGCGAACGACUACCCCCUCGCUCGCUACCACUUCGAUCUCAGCGGCACGGCGUUCGGCUCCAUGGCCAAGCCCGGCCUCGCCGACGAGCUCCGCCACCGUGGCAUCAUCGACCUGGAGUUCAGGAGGGUGCGGUGCAAGUACGCGCCCGGCAAGAACAUCGUGUUCCACGUGGAGCACGGGUCCGAUCCGUCCCACCUGGCGCUGCUGGCCAAGUUCGUGGCGGGCGACGGCGACAUCGUGCAGAUGGACCUCAAGCAGGGGGCGUCGCUCAAGUGGGAGCCGAUGAACCACUCCGUGGGCGCUAUCUGGAGGAUAGAGACGGCCCCGCACAAGCCGCUCAAGGGCCCCUUCUCCAUCCGCCUCACCAGCGAGUCCGGCCAGGAGGUCGUCGCCGCCGACGUCAUCCCGGAGGACUGGAAGCCCGAUACCACCUACCAGUCCAACGUCCAGUUCUAGAUCCACUCAGUUAACUGAUCCGAGCAUGCAUACCAUACCGUUAAUUAUUCAUCGGGCUGAGGGGCUACUUUUUGCAUUCUAUCUAGUAUAUGUAAUGAGAGAGCCCACCUUGUGUUUGGGUUUACAACUAACUAAAACUUGCCUAUGCA